GGCCAAACUCCUGUGGACGGCAACAGGUGAUGCCACCACACUUGACUACCUAACACCCACCAAGUACUCUUUUUACUUUUACCACAGCGCAUAAUUCUCAGGCGCUCUUGAGGCACACACACAAAGCACACCGGCACCAGUGAUGAUCAGCCAGAUGGAUUCUGGAAAUGUUGUAGCGUUCUUCAGGGGCAGGAGCAUCCUGAUCACCGGUUCAACCGGGUUCCUUGGCAAAGUGCUUGUGGAGAAGAUACUCAGGGUUCAGCCAGAUGUCAAGAAGCUCUACCUCCUGGUCCGGGCAAACGACGUCGAAUCCGCGACGCGCCGGGUUCAGGACGAGGUGACAGGGAAGGAGAUCUUUCAAGUUCUGAAAGAAAAGCAUGGUGAUGGGUUCGAAAGUUUCGUGGAAGAAAAGGUCUGUACUUUGGCAGGGGACAUAAUCUAUGAGAACUUGGGACUAGAUUCUGCCAAAUUGACAGAAUUGUCGAACGAAAUCGACAUCAUCGUCAAUGGUGCUGCGACUACAAAUUUUUAUGAAAGAUAUGAUGUGGCUUUUGACUCGAAUGUCUUGGGAGCUAAGAACAUCUGUGAAUUUGCGAAGAAGUGUACAAAACUGAAGAUGCUGCUUCAUGUUUCGACUGCCUAUGUCGCUGGAGAACAAGAGGGACUGAUACUAGAGAAACCAUUCUUGAUGGGUCAAGCACUAAGGGAAGGCAGGCAUUUGGAUAUCACAUCCGAGCUAAACCUGAUCAAGGAGACCAGGAGAGAGAUGAAAGCUAGUAACCGUUGUUCAGAGAAGACUGAGAAGAGAACAAUGAAGGAGCUUGGGCUCAAGAGGGCUAAGCAUUUUGGAUGGCCAAACACCUACGUUUUCACCAAGGCAAUGGGGGAGAUGCUGCUGGGGCACCUCCGCGGGGACCUUCCGGUGGUGAUCAUCCGGCCGAGCAUCAUAACCAGCAUCCUCAAGGAGCCAUUGCCCGGAUGGAUGGAAGGAAUCAGGACGAUCGACUCGGUGAUCAUAGGUUACGCCAAGCAGACACUGUCCUUCUUCCUCGUCGACCUCAACCUCAUAAUGGACGUGAUACCGGGGGACAUGGUGGUGAACGCGAUGAUGGUGGCAAUGGCGGCGCACUCCGGGGAACAGGCGCAGACCAUCUACCACGUGACGUCGUCGCUGAGCAACCCGGCGCCGUACGCGGUGCUGUCGGACGCCGGCCACCGCUACUUCUUCGCCAACCCGCCGCCGCGCGCGGGGAAGAACGGGCGGCUGCGCAGGAUGCGCUUCUUCAGCACGGUGGCCAGCUUCCGCGCCCACAUGGCCAUCAACUACAAGCUUCCCCUCGAGAUCCUUCGGCUGGUGAACAUUGCGCUCUGUGGCAUGUUCUCCCGGCGCUACGACGAGCUGAGCAGGAAGUACAAGUUCGUCAUGCAUCUCGUCGAGCUCUACGCGCCCUACACCUUGUUCAAAGGCUGCUUCGACGACAUCAACACGGAGAAGCUAAGGAUUACGAUGAGGAAGCAGGAGGACAAAAACGAUGGAGGAUAUUGUUUUGAUUUUGACCCCAAGUCGAUUGAUUGGGAUGAGUAUUUCUACAAGGUCCACAUCCCCGGUGUAGUCAAGUAUCUGUGUGAUUGAGCUAAUCAAGUGUCUGUUACUUGUCUCGUCUUAAAUAGUACUCCGUCCGUUUCACCAAAGAUUAUUUGUUCUACCUUUCAUUUUCUUUUUAUCAAAAUAUUUGUUAUUCUCACGUUCUAA